AUGAAUUUGAUGGAUAUGCUUUCGGUGGAUCCACCAUCUUCGAUAUACGGUGGUGAAAUAGAUCAACCUUCAAUCUACGAAGAAGGAGAAGCGGCAGCGACAGCAACAGCCGCAGCUUUAGAUAGAGGAAUAGUGCCACAACAAAAUUUAAACGUCGUCAAUAACAAUGCUUGGGAUGUAGCUUCUUCGAAACGCAAUGCAGAUACCUCAGGAAUAUAUUAUAUUCCUACAUCAUUAACCGAAACCCAAAUUGUUCUUAUACAAAUCUUGUUACAUUUAAUUAGUGAGACAUUAAUUAAUGAAGUUAAACUAAGACGGAAAAAGACCAGUAUUGACAGUUUACUUGAAGUUUCGUCAAUGUCAACACAGGUUGCAGCUUCUGGUGAUAACGACUCAGGUGUCAAUAGUAGAGUGAAGAAUGUACAACUAAUUUUCAUGUGUUUUGAUAACUUGUUGACUAUCAACAACCACCCAUCAUUGUUAGUUAAUCAUUUCAUGCCCAAACGUCUCUUACUACUGCAACCCACUAGCUCACAAGCUUUGAUGUCGGGAAAAUUGCAAUUUUUCAACAAAUUAAUUGAUUCAGUAUUGGAAAAAAGUCGAUUGAGUCACAAUGAACAUUAUCCAAUUUUGGUUGUGGCUAGAAACAAUAAAGAGUUGGAGUUGAUUGAAGGGUUGAUUAUUGGUAAAGAAUUGAGAUAUACCAAUUCAGGCAAUUUGAAAUUAUAUGAUGAUAAACGACCAGUCAAUGAAGAAGAGGGAGAAGGAGCCAAAAAAGGAGUUUUUUUGAACUUGAUACAAACUCAACAAUUGUACAAUAAUUAUAUGAACAAGCCAACUUCAUCGAGUUAUAGGUUUAUUUUCUCAUUUGAUUCAAAGAUUGAUUCAACUAAUCCAAGUAUUGAAAUGUUGAGACUGAAGCAUGCAUGUCCAAUUUUCGUUCCAAUUCCUAUCUACUCAAUUGAACAUUUGAUGUUGCAAAUGCCGGAACCAAGUAGCGGAGGGUUUGACAUGGAUAUUGAUGUUGUUAAUGAUGCUGAUGCAGUGGCUUCUUUAACGAAUCCAAAGCAAAUGUGGAAAUUGAAAUUGUUGAAUACAUUGGCUGUCAAUUUUACUAAAUUUAACCAUGCAUUACACAAUGGAUGGCAAUCACGUUUUUACUAUGAUACUUAUGGAAUCAAGAUGAAGUUCUUUCAUGAAAAUAUCAUGCAUCCUCAACGAAUUGAUGAUUUAUUCACUACUUUCAAUGAUGAAUUGGUGUUGCAUUAUUCCGAUGAUCGAUUAUUAAAAAAAUUGAAUACGAUAUAUGGCAAACAAAUAUUUGGUGCUAUGGAAUUAGGUCAACCUUUGACUGUUGAUAAUUUUAAAUAUCAAUUUGCUGAAUUGUUAGCGUUUAAGCUUCGUGAAAUGAAUCUAGAAAUGGACGAGGUUCAGGGGGAGGGUAAUAAAGAACAGAAAGGAGAUAGCGAGGAAGGAAUUGGACAGAAAAGGUUAAUUACCACAUCAAAACAAGUACAUUUUGAUGAAGAUGAAAAUACCAUAGCUGAAAGUUACCACAAAUUAAGGAAAUUAAAUGAUGAUGCAAAUAUAGUUGAUCGGAAAUUAGCAAGAGUUGAAAAUGAUUUACACAAGUUUUCUGAAAAAGAUGCUGAAUUAGAAAACAAGUUAUCUCAAUUGAAAUCAAUCACUGAACAUAGCGUUAGUCAACUGUUGUUAACUACUCAAUCCACUCAACUCGAAAAUCUUAGAAAGGAAUUGACUGAUUUACAACAAGAAUACGAUAGAUUAACUAAUGAAACUGAAGAUUUACGAAUCAAGUAUCAACAAAGUUCAUCAGAAGCGGUUAUUGAACUGCAAAAGCAACAGAAGCUACAACUACAGUUGGAAAAGAUUACGAACAAGAUGCAGUCACCAGGGAUGGCGUUAUUACCUGAUUUGAUAUAUAAAGACACACUACUCACAAACCAGCAUAGACUAGAUAAGUUACGACAUCAAAAUAAGUUUCUUGAGUCGUUUUAUCAUGAUCAGAUUGAAAAAGUAUUGGUUGAACGACAACUGAUUAUAGAGUCAAGUGGUGGUGCAUCAGUUGGGUCUAGUAGUCGACCCAGUAAUAGAAUCAGUCGAGAUUCAACUCCGUUUUAA